GCGUGGGAACACAGAGCAAUCCAGAGAAAGUUGAGAGGUGAAGAUGCUGAAGAAGUCGCCAUGAAUUGAGGAUGAUGAUGUUGUUGAAAAAAUCGAAUCUGAAAAAGUGGUGAAUUCAAUUACAUGGCCAUGGAACACGAUGCUGAGAAAUCCUUUAUUCAUGUUGAAAGCUCAGAGGGAUCCAAUCCCAACAGUUCAAAUCCUGUGACCAAGGUCAGGAUGCUGCUGUUUCGCAGAAUGUUGGUGGGAGUCAGCGAUGGACGGUUUUUCCUGGGCAGCUUCCACUGUAUGGACAAGCAAGGGAACAUCAUUCUCCAAGAUACAGUGGAGUACCGUAGCACUCGACGCUCCUCUCCUUCCCCAAUGGAGCAACGCUGCCUUGGUCUCAUUCUCAUCCCAUUCUCAUGUAGAACCUCUUGUCAUGUAGAUUGCUCCAUUGAAGAACAAUUGUCACUGUUGUCACUUCCUGGGUAGUAGUGGUUCCAGAGAUCAUACUUCUACUUGAAACAAUCGCAUCAAUUGGACCAAGAACCGAAUUUUUAUCAUCCUAGGGCUGCGCUCUGGUUUUGGAAUUUUUGUACAUUUUGAACUAUUGGAUCAAUGGGGGAAACUCUAGUCCUAGCAAUUUUUGAAGCAAUUAUUUUCCUUUGGUAGAACUGAGAAGUAAUUUGCUUGAAAUUUAAGGGUAAAAUCUCAAGGAUUCUUUUA